GAAAAUGUUUUCCUGCAAGGUGCGUCCCUUUCUAGCGCUGCGGAGUGGUGCCGCCGAAUACCUUGGACAGUUCCGAAGCCUCACAAUCGGUGCGGCGCGGCUGGAGAAAAAACAGGCCGAGCUGGAGGAAGCGGAAGAUGCGGAUGAGUUGCCGGUAACGUUUGUGGACGAUGUUGAGUCGGUCGAAGCACGCGAGGAACGUAUCGAUGGGCUGCGGAACAAAUCGCGCCUACUGACACAGCACCGGAACAUGCUGCACGAUGUGUUACCGUACGAACAGUCCCAGUCGUGGAUCCACGAAACGGUCAAAUACCGGCGGAUGAUGCUCGGAAGAUACGGCAUCGAGGGUAGUCGAACGGAUCCCCGAGUUUGCUUCCCAACUAAAAAGGAAGCGUACGAAAGGGCAGAAUACGAAAAGGUGGCAUUUCCCUUCACCUUGCGCCAAAUGAUGGACGCAAACGAAGCAGCCCAGAAGGCCCGUAAGGCGGCGACCGAAGCCCGGGAGGCGGAAAUUGCACGUAAACUGGAGAAACUGGACCAGUGGACGUCGGAUUUGAAUGCGAAGAUCGAAAAGAAAGAACGUGAAGCACGAGCCGCCAAAGAACGCAAGGACCGGUUGGUAGAGGAGGUGCGGCGACACUUUGGCUUCAAGGUGGAUCCGCGUGACGAACGGUUCCAGGAGAUGCUGGCGCAGAAGGAACGCGAAGACCGCAAGAAGGUGAAGGAAGCGAAGCGGAAGGAGAAGGAGGAGAAAAUGAUGGAAAAGUUACAGAAGAAGACGGCCGAGCUGGAGGCCGAGGUAGAUGUGUCGAGCGGGAAAGGCAAAAAGUAGCGCCAUUAAUAUAGUUCUCCUUGCUUUAGUGAACCAGUAA